CGAAGCGAGGGUCGCUGGCGGUAUCACUCACCGCUGAUGGCGGAUCGAACUCAGGCCGCCCUGGACUGUGAGAGCGACACAGCGCCGGCACCACCGCGGGCAGACGAAGCGGCCGGGCUGACACCAUGAACAAGGUGCUACGAGGAGUUCUGGUGGCGCUGGCCGUCGCCGUGGUGAUCACCCUCAUCGUGGUGCUGCCCCUGGUGAUUCUCCAAAGCUCAGACAAUCCGGUGGACGAGAGGAAAACGUUCACCCUGGACGACUACUUCGCUGGGAGAUACAACCCCAGGUCGUUCGGUCUGGAGUGGAUAACAGACGACGAGUACAUCUACAAAGACAGCAAUGGCAACGUCCAGAAGAAGAAAGUCGGUGGGGACCCCAGACCGACGGAGUUCAUCUCCAACUCCACGUUCGAAGAAAAGCAGGCGUCAGGAUUCCUCGUCGCCCCGGAUCAGCUGUACGUCCUCCUGGAGAGCAACUACUCAAAGUUGUGGAGGUAUUCAUACUAUGCGUCAUACCACAUAUACGACCUCCAAAAUACGAGAUUUGUGGAGGACAGCCCGCUGCCGCACGAAAUCCAGUACAUCACGUGGUCUCCCAGCGGCCACAAUUUGGCCUACGUGUUCGAAAGCAAUGUCUACCUCAAGACAAACCUGACGGGCCCAGCAGUGAAGGUCACGACCAGCGGCGCAUACAGCCAAGUCUACAACGGCAUCCCCGACUGGGUCUAUGAGGAGGAGAUGCUCGGCAGCAACAACGCCAUGUGGUGGUCACCGGACGGGCAGCACCUCGCCUACGCCGAGUUCAACGACACGGAGGUGCCGUUCAUAGAGUACACAUUCUUCGGCGAGGAGCAGUAUCCCAAGACCAUCGGGGUGCCGUACCCUAAGGCGGGAGCCCCAAACCCCAAAGUGAAGCUGUUCGUGGUGAGCGUCGCCGACCCGGACACAAGGACGCAAAUCACAGCCUUCCCCGAGAUCGCCGACAGAGAUCACUACCUGGGCAUGGUCACCUGGGCGACGAGUGACCGCCUGUGUGUGCAGUGGCUUUCGCGACAUCAGAAUUACUCGGUCCUGUCGCUCUGCGAUCGUGAUUCCAUCAACUGGACGUGCAGUAAGAACCACAUUGAGACGUCGCAGACUGGAUGGAUCGGCACGUUUGGUCCCGCGGAGCCACACUUCGCGGAGGACGGACGGAGCUACUACCGCGUCUACAGCAACAGCGACGGAUUCAAGCAUCUCCACCACGUGCCGGAGGACUCGAACCCGAAACAGCUGACCCAGGGGUCGUGGGAGGUCAUCUCGAUAGAGUCCGUCUCGGCGACCGCACUGUACUACAUCAGCAACGAACACAAGGGCUUCCCUGGGAGCAGGAAUCUGUACAGGAUCCAGCUGGACGAGCCGAACACCCCCGCGAAGUGCGUGAGCUGCACCCUCGACGAGGAGAGGUGCCAGGCUUUCUCCACCAGGUUCAGCAAGGCCUCCACCCACUACCAGCUCACCUGCUCGGGUCCCGGAAUCCCCAUGUCCACCCUUCGCACAUCGACCGACGAUAAAGAAAUUGCGUUGCUGGAAAACAACACGGCCUUGGCGGAGCUCAUCGACCACACACAGAUGCCGACGCUUGAACAGCAGAAACUCAUGCUCGGAGAGCACGAGGCCUGGUAUCAAUUUAUUCUGCCACCAAACAUGGACAGGAAAAAGAAGCACCCUUUGAUCAUCGACGUCUACGCUGGACCGGGCAGCCAGAAGGUGGACUCGCGCUUCCGCAACAACUGGGCGACGUACCUGGCGAGCACGGAGCGUGUCAUCGUGGCGAGCGUGGACGGACGCGGCAGUGGCUACCGGGGGGACAAGGUCCUGCACCAGCUGUAUCGCCGGCUGGGCACCGUCGAGGUGCAGGACCAGGAGGCUGCGGCCCGGGAAUUCGGGAAGAUGGACUUUGUUGACGAGACCAGAAUAGCGAUUUGGGGAUGGUCGUACGGAGGCUACGUCUCCUCCAUGUCCCUGGGCUCCGGCUCGGGUGUCUUCAAGUGCGGGAUGGCCGUGGCGCCCGUGUCCGACUGGCGCUACUAUGACUCCAUCUACACGGAGCGCUACAUGGGGCAACCCACCAAGGACGACAACCUGGCGGCCUACGAGAGUUCCACCGUCAUGGCCCGCGCGGAGAACUUCAGGAAGGUGGACUACCUCCUCAUCCACGGCACGGCAGACGACAACGUGCACUUUCAGCAAGCGGCCCACAUCUCCAAGGCUCUCGUCGACAAAGAGGUGGACUUCUCAGCUAUGUGGUACACGGACAAGGACCACAGCAUCUCGGGGCUGGCCAACCACCACGUCUACACGCACAUGUCACACUUCCUCAAGCAGUGCUUCGGCCUCCAAUGACCUCACGUGACCCCCCCCCUCCCCCCCGCGCGACCCGGGACGCCUCAGCGACCGCGCGGCCACCGCUGAUCGUUGGCCGGCACGCGCCAGCGUCUCGCAAAAAUCUCAAGAUGCCACUCCUCCCGAAGCUGAACAGAAGCGACGACAUUCACCCUCCGUGCCGACCGCGGCGGCCGCUCUCGAGGGACUGGCGCAGGGACAGCGCGCCGGCGGGCUUGGCUGGCAGGAAGGGCGUGGACACUUCCGCGACCAAUUGCGCGAAACUUGCGCCGCGAUUGCCGACCGCACCUGCGCGCGUUGCGUCAGUCUUUGUGAGACGACCACAAGUUUUUUCCCCCCCUCCCCUCGCCCGCCCCCCCCCCCCCCGAUGGUCCCCAUUGUUGCCGUGGUGACUCAGCAGACGGGCAUUGUCCUCCUUCCGGCCACGCUCGCUCGCCACUAUUCUGUAACGUCGUCCCCUCGUCAGCGCGUGGCUUCGAUGACCUGACGUGACCCCCACCCCCCCCGCCCCCCACGUCAGCGAUGAGCCACGUACGUCCAUCACGCAUCGUUAAUUUCUGUGUCGUUCCGUCAAUCAACGCUGACCCUAAUGGUACCUUACCCUAACCCCCCUUGAGCCCCCCCCCCCCACCCCCCCACUUGUUUUUUUGUAGCUAAUACACUGCCCCCCUUUGAAAACAGUUUGCUCACGGAAGUGGCCAGGUUGGUCAGGGGUCGUAGCGCUGAGCCAGCACUGCCUAGGCCCUGGGUUCGAAUCCAGGUUUCAGCCGCCCCUUCAGUCAAAUCGAGCUGUCAAGUGCAGUGAGUCUAUGCGCUUAGCCUGGUCACUAAUGACUGCACACACACACACACAACUAUUCGGUUGAUUUUGUUUUGUUGCUUGAUUUUGGUUAAUUUUCAGUUCCGAGAUUUAAGUGUAUGAGAUUGUCACGUGAUACGCAUUUCCCGAGGAGUGUGGAGAUCAGAAGGCCGCGUGAAGGAAUCUCAGAGGUGCUCGCGUCAAAUCUUCCGGAGGCUGUUCUCCAUUACACAGGGUGAUGCACUGCUUGUUGCGAGAGAUCAAAACGAACGCUGCAUCUCUUGAGACGACGACGGCGAUAUCGCAAUUUAAUUGGGAAAGAAUAAAAACGAAAAAAUACAAAAAAAGAAUCCUGGGACAAUGCGGUGGUGAAAAAGUGAGCCGAGAGAGACCGAGAUCUCCCCCGCCCUGUGCCGCCCCCCCCCCCCCUCUUCUGCCGUCUCACGGACCACUACACCACUACACCACCACAUCACACCACCACACCACCACACCACGUCCUCAUUCAUAUUUCUCCUGGAGUCAGCCGCCCACCAUCUCUCUGUCCUCUUGUAGGCAAUACACAACACACGUCAUUACGAAUAUCAUUUUAAACAUAAAUUCCCGGUAAUUUGUAAAUUCAGAGGGGAGUUUUUUUUGUAAUUACUGAUCGACAAUUCGAUGGCUUCGUGGUUUUGUUUUUCUUGAUUUGUUGCACCACUGUACGCGCCGCGCUCUGCUCUACGCACCGCGCUCUGCUCUACGCACCGCGCUCUGCUCUACGCACCGGGCACUGCUCUACACACCACUAGCCGUACCGUUGUGUAGACUACGCGGCACUAUUCCAAAUUGUAACCCUGUCAAUGCUACGCCGCCUCCAUCCGGACCCGGACCUGGACCCAUCAUCUGUGCCUUGUUGAGCACCCGGAACCACGCAAGAGAUAUUGUCAAGCAGGUGGAGGUGUUUGGUUCGUUUGCUUUAGUCCACGACGAUUACGAGUGGACAAAAAACAUCGAGCGUGACAAUGGCUGCGACUACCCACCCAAUAACACCACCACCAUCAUCAUCACCACCACCAUCAUCACCAUAAUCUGCCCACCAAAGACUGAAGUGCAAAUGGCCAUGACAAAAUUAACCAAGUGUGAAUGAAGAUGCAAACUGAGAUAAUCUUAGUAACGUUAUUCAAGACUGGAGGAAGACCAUACGGUAAUUUACAACGUAUGUAUUUCAAAAGAUUUACCGAGUUCACCGAUUGGCCGGCCUGAUAAUACUCUGGGGGGUGGGGGGAAUUGCAUGCCCCUCUCUCAACGUGUGACUGCUCUAGUCGACGAACCUUGAGGCUUUCGUCGAUAAGACACAGGGUGCUUGCCCUGUUGACACCGGUCCUCACCUCGGGACGUGCGAGGGCGUUUGCGUCGUAAGCGAAAGAUUCUCGAUUUCAGACACUGUGCAGUAGGCGGAUCGUGGCUGCAGUUGAGGAGUUCGCUUCGGGGCUUAGGUGAAGGGUGCAGGUGGAACCACGUGCGGUGUUUCAUGUCCCCACGCGUUGUCUGUAAUUAUCAAGCACAAGCAGCACUCUGGGCUGCGUCUCCACAUCCAAAUAACGGUGAAGUUGAGUCCAUCGUCCAAAUGGCUUUCCAGACGAAUGUUAUCCAGCACAAUUUGUGUGAUAAAGCAAAUUUCUGGAACUGUUUUGUCUUCCGGGGUGUCGUCAGCAGAGUCCGGGUUGGUAAACAAUUGCUGCCGAGUUACCCGAUGUUAUUGGCAGGAGUUCUCCAUCCAAACGAUGGGGCCCUGUUCAACGUACAAAAUGAUGGUAAAAGCGUUGGUGCGGAUUGACAUCACCUCUGCAGCCACUAGCGGCGCUACAAUUCACCACCGUUUAAAAUGAUGCAUUGAGUAGCGAUCGUGAAAAUUCACGUAAAUCAACAUCCCCAAUCAUCAUCGCAGGUAGCCAUCCAUCAUUCCAGGGCUUAAUUUCAGCCGGAGGUGUCCAGGGCUGAGGUCCUGAAAAAUAUUAAUCCCAACCUCCUCUGCCCCCCUGCUAACCUAACCCUCCCCCAGAAGAGAUUGUGGGUUGGAAGGGGGUGAUGGUGGUGGUUGGUGGGGCACAGGAAAAUAUCCCAUGAGAAAUUAAGCCGUGAGUUAUCCCAUCCCCGUUGCUCCAUGAGGCCACCUGCACGCACACGUAUCACCCGAGAUGCGGGGGGGGGCGCGGGGGAGGAAACCCGUGGUGGAUUUUCAUCUCACUGCACGCGGAGGCCACGCUCCGCCACGUAAACCCUGUUUACAAUUUGGGACGCUCCAUUAAAAUGUAAAGUAUGUAAUACUUCGCUCUUCAAGUCGCUGUUUGACGACGCGCACUCGCCAAUCAAAAUAUUAAAAGAUGAGUAAAUAAAAUCAAUCAAUUGA